ACCAAAAUCGUGUUCCCCCUUGCUGCUCAUCUUCCAUCAUCAUACUCCCUUGCAGAAGUCUCAAAGAAAAGCCCUUCCUCCCCCACGUCUAGGUACCGAUAGUACACUGAUCGGAGGUACAUUGCUUCGUCUUGCUGCUAGCCAGAUCCGCCAUGGCGGACGCUGUCGCCGCCUCGCGACCUCAAGCCACUUACGGACGGAACAAGGCACUCGCGUUCCUCAGCGAUGACGAUGAGGACAACCAACAGCAUGCUCCCACGUCUUCCCCUCCCAAUAUGUUUGAUAGCUCUUCGCCCGUCGCUGCUAGCAAAGCUACAGCGAGGAGGGGUGCCGCGCUAGAUGAAGAGGACACGGGAGACACUACGCCAGAGAGCUCCCAAGCCAGCGCGGCGCCCAUCAAGCUUACUGGACCGCGAGCCACUCUGACGCCUGCGCAGCGCUUGGCCAAAGCUAUGGCCGAAACCGAUAGCGACUUGUCCGAAGACGAGCCUGAGAAGGGGUCGCCGUCUGCUGCUAAAGGCGGCGCUGAUGCCGUGAGCCGCUUGCGAGCCUUGAUGGGUGGAGCGUCCGGAUCGCGUGUGACCCUCAGCAACUCGGCUCACAACCGCGAUGAGACAGGCGCUCAAUCUCUAGGCUCGGAUCAAUACACCUCUUCGCUGAGUAGUGCUCCUCCCGUCGCGUCCGCUGAAGAGCGUAGAGCUCGGGGCGCAGGCGCUUUCGAUAGCUCUUCUGGCAGCGAAGCCGAUGCUGAGGACUUUGCUUCCGCACUGCUGAAGGCGGGUAGAAGAGGUGCAACAGCUGGGAGGAUGAGGAGGAGAGAUGGGGAGAGGAUCACCAGCUCAUCUUCGGGAGCGCCACAGCCCGCUUCACCUACCACGGCCAGGCAGACUGUCAGACCACCUCUCGACUCGAGCGAUGAUGAAGAGGCAUCAGAGGCAGGGUCUUCAAGUUCGCCUUCAAGCUCGAUGAAUGACAUUGUCGCUGCUCGCAAGCAGAGUGAGGCGGCUAUGCAGCGCAAACAACGACUAGCGGACAUGGCUGCCGCCAAAAGAGGCGCUUCGCCAUCCCUUGAGGAGACAUUCUUUGCCGAAAUGAAGCAGCAGACGAACGCUCCGCCCUCGAGUGCAGAGAAUCUCGUGUCCUUCAGUGACGAGGAUUCGAUCAGCGAGGGCGAUCUCCCUGCUCCUACCGAGAAAGCCAAGGUCGACAAUGAUCGCUCUGCUCACCAUAAGAAGAAGAAGUCUUCAUCGAAGAAAGAGAAAGGACCCAAAGGCCCGAAGCAGCUCUCGAAAAAGGAGAUGGAAGAGAUGCACAAGAUGUCUGCCAAGAUCGAGCGAAGCAGGCCCGUAGCAGGUCUCAGUCAGCUAUCACGCCCUGUGCAACGACAGCAGUACGACAUCACUCGUCUCGCGGCCAUGUUCCAGCCUGCAGAGGACGAACACCAAGCUCCGUCUGAUGUUGAGAUCGAUGCCGAUCCCAUUGAUAUGGACACACCGCGUCGCCCGGGUGAGGAAAAGCGCGGUAGCAAGCCCGCCUCGUCCGCCAAGAAUGUCAGCCGGCUCGAAUAUGGCGCUCUCGAGUCUUUCCCGCCUCGGAUGUCGACCCAGCAAGCUCCUUCUUCAGAUAGUAUCAAGACCACGACAUCUAGUCCCGCCGAGGUGAGCGAAGAACAGCGUGAGCAAGACGCCCGCGAUGCAGCUUUGCGGCUGAAGAAAGAACGCUGGCUCGAGGCACAGAAGAAGACGCAAGGUCAAAGACUAGCCAUGGCUACCCGCGGACCGACGAAAGAGGAAUUGGCAGAGAGUCUGCAAGUCGUCGGUAAGCCGCCUCUGCGUUCAAAACCCAAGCCCGUUGUCGGUCUGCAGGCGACAUCGCUCUUCAACGCUUCGUUGCAGGAACGCAUUCGUAGGCAAAAUAUGUCAGCGAGGUCAGCUCGAGAGGCGGCUAAUCGUCAGCAAGGUCUGGUGCAGCAGCAGAGGCAGAAUGCAGCCAAGCCAUCCGCAGAGGCCGAAGCUGAAGAUGACUCUAUGGAUGCUAUCAAACGCAUUCAGGAGAGGGUAGGCAGGCAGAGCAAUCAAGGGCGUGGUGCAGAGGAUGAGGUGGAGAGUGGGGAAGAAGAUGAUGAGGAUGACGAGGACUUUGUCCUUGACGAAGAAGAUGGCGAGCCACAAGGCAGCCGCGGCUCGGAUAUCGAAGGCUCGGCAAAUGAGGCCGCUCGAGGCUCUGCGAGCGAGUACGAAGACGAGGAGGAGGAGAUGCCAGCUAGCUCUCAGCAGCCUCCCCCAUCCAGUCAGAACACCAAUCGCAGUCACGAUUCCGCGCGUCGCACAGCAGCCGCCGACGAUGAUGACGAUGAUGAUGAUGACGAUGAUGCAGAUGUGACUUACACCGCUCACCGCAAGUCGAGAGCUCCACAAGCUCUACUUGAUGACGAAGAUGUCGAGUCUGUUCAAGAUCAAGAGAAACGGUCGGAAUCCACUGAGGACAUUGACAGUAGUCGCGAAAAGGCUGGCGAAGUCUCGCUUGGAGGUCAAGACAAGCCACUCGGACUGACCCAAUUCCUCGGCGGAUUUGCUGCCAGUCCUAUUGAGAUGUCCCCGCAAUCGGGUUCAGCCGAGGAGGCCCAGAGGCGGCCUGCACUCCAGCCUUCUUCCUCUUCAAGUCUGCUUCAAGUACCCAACACGGGUGUGCUUGGACGAGCUUCUUCUGAUGAUUCUGUCCUUGGGCAAUUCUUUCAGGAGACACAACUGUCAGAGGAUCCUCGGGGCUUCAGCUUGGACGUCAUUGGAGCCACAGGGCGAGCCAGAAAUGCGGAGAAUGCUCCAUUCUUGCAAGGUUCGCUUGGCGCUGACAGCAAUGGCUUCUCUCAGCUGUUCAAUGAAGGAACACAAUUGCCUUCUGCUCUGGCCGGCAGCGCGGCAGGUCCUUCUCAGCUGAUGGGGCCACCGACAACCCUGCCGGCCGAUGGUUUCGCCGCGCUUCGCCGCGCUGCCCAAACGGAAGCUGAAGCUGCUGACUCGCCAUCCCCUCUGCCGUCCAAUGACGACUUUGACGAUGACGAGGAGGACCAUUUGGCGGGGGCCGGUCCGGCCAGAGCGGGACCAUCUGUUCCCACACCCCAGAGGACGACUCCGAAACAGUAUCUCAAUCGCGAAGGAUUCUUCACCCAGACAAAGCCUACGCUGGGAGGUCUACCUUCAAGCCAGUCGCAGUCGCAGCUCAGUCAGAUUGAUAGCGUAGAGCGGCCCAGUGACGCUGAGCGAAGAGGUAGCUCUGCUGAUGACGAGGAGGCUGACGGAGAUGGAUCACCUCGAGCUGCUCGCAAGAAGCGCUUCCGUCGAGCUCUGGAACCACAAGAGGAUGAGGAUGAGGAUGCUCAAGCUGAAGCUGGGGGUGAAGUCGUUGAGGAUGAAGAGGACGAGGAGGAGCGCCUCAACGCUGAUCCCGCAGGCUCUGGAAGUGAGGUCGAUGGCGAGGAGGAAGUCGAGGGUGAAGAGGAGGGGGAAAAUCUUGCAGGCUCAGGCAGUGAGGCCGAAGAUGGUGAAGCUCCAGGUACCCUUCACCCAGGCGCCACCCGCAACGCCUGGGACAUCCUCCGCCAGGGCCAAGCCCGCGCUGAGGUCCUCGCAGCAGCAGGCUUCAAGCAGCAAGGCAAGAAGCGCCAGCGCGAUUACCAGUUCAUCGAAGGCGAGGCUGAGGAGUCCGACGAGGAUGAUGAGGGUCGCCGCAACAAGAAGGGUGCUGGCGGGCUAGAUGGCGUCUUCAGUGAUUCUGGCUCUGAUGACGGGGAAGAGGACGAUGAAGAGGAUGAUGGACGGGACCUCGAGGAGCUCGUGGACAACGAGCGAGAGAUGGAUGAAGCGGACAAGGAUCUUCUCGCUCGUGAGAGGUACCAGAAAGAUCUCGAUGCCGAUGACGAAGCUGCCAUGGCUUUGGCUGACAAGGCUGCCCGCGGAGAGCUGCGCAACAAGAGGAGACUCAGGGAUGGUGACCGUCUGGAGGACCUUCUCGACGACGACUUUGAGGAUGAACGACUGCUUAUGAAAGCCAACAACCCGAGGGCAAUCAUCGCCAAGCGCCGUAAGAUUGAAGGUGACGAGAUGGAGAUCUUGGCUGCCAAGGAGGAGUCGCAGGCUUUCGUCAAGGGUUACUCGGAGACGCACCGCGCUGAUGUGGCUGAUGAGUACGACUUCCUCGCCGAAGCAGAUACGGACGAGGAUUCAGGGGGUGACGGAGCGCAGAGCGACUCAGGCGGUUCUUCUUCGUCCGGCAAGUCAGACGAGGAAGAUGAAGCGGACGAAGCUGGCGACAAGAGGCGAGUCAGCUUUGCUCAAGCUCAGGCGGAUGAUCAAGACGAUGAAGAGGAAGUGCAAGCAGUACAACGAGUCACUCGCAAGCAACUGGCGCGGGAGUUGCGCGAGCGUCGUCAGCGGCGCAAGCAAGGUAUCGUCUCCGAUGAAGAUGACGAAGCAGAGACUUCUGCAUCUCAGCAUCGCAAUGGUUUUGGUAGCGGAGACAGCGAGGACGAAGAUGACUUCAAUUCUGCCCGGCCGCGUUUCCUUCGCGAUCGUCUUGCGGAGAGGAAAGCGAUGCAGAGCAAGGUUGCUCAAGCAACAAGUCGUCGGCGACCAGCUCCUGCAGGACCUACAAAGUCGACGUCAGCUUCUUCUUCCUUCUUCAGCCGUCGCCCUGCUGGACAGGCCUCAGCCUCAGUCAACGAGGCCCCCGACGACAUCAUCCUCGGUGACGACGACGAAGAUGACGAGGACGAUCCGCGCGCCAUCGACCCUUCAGCCGCGAUCCAAGCCCGUAUCCUACGCCGUCAAGCCGCCCGUCGUGAGACUUCCCCACGCACAGCAGCCCGUCUGGCCAAGCUUGCCGAAGAGUUCCGAUCAGAGCCAGACUUUGCCGCAGGGAGAAGUCGCUCCUUUGGUAGCGGUGGUGGUGGAGGAGGAGGAGCGGCUGGCAGCAGUGUCACUAGCUGGGGUGCACAACCUAGGAGGCAGGGUUCGGCGGGAAGUAUGACGCUCGAUGGAGGUCUGGGAGGUGGUAAGGGAACGGCUACUACGCUUGUGCGCAAGAUGUCGGCCAAGGGGGAGAUGACGAGACCGGUGUUGGGACGGGCCAUCUUGGCCGAGAGGAGAGUGGAGGAGUCGCAAUGAUCCCGAUCCCGUCUUGUGUGUAAAUGCAGUUCAAAGAAGGGCAAGUCAUUCAAUCCAUUUCCCAUGCUGACGAGGCUUCAUGU